AUGGCCGCUACACAAUUGCAUAAUCUUGUUUCGUCUUUUUCUCGUGGAAUCACCAGAAAUAUUACUUGUAAAGGUAUUCUUACAAACAAAAAUAUGUCGCCAAGACUCCUGGGAUUUCAUUCGUCGCGUUUUUUAAGUGAAGACGGAAAAAACACUGAAAAAGGUGAAGAUUCUCAAGUACAAGAGGACAACGACCAGAUGAUCAAGGGUCCGACCGAGGAAGAUCCCUAUACUCCGUUUCCAGACGAUAUCAACCCCAUAACAGGAGAAAGAGGAGGACCGAAAGGACCAGAACCAACCAGAUACGGAGACUGGGAGAGAAAGGGACGUUGCAUAGACUUUUAA